GGGCGGGCUGUAGUUGUAGUUCCUCCUCACAUCCUGCGCUGACCCCCCGAUACCCCCACCGACUGAUCAAGCGCCUGCGGAGCAACAAGCCUCGCUGCCGGUGAAAAGACCUUUAUCUGCUGUUAAGGAGAGAUGGGCAGCUUGUAUAAGGAUGAGCAGGGCGACUGGAUCACGGUGUGUCUCAAGUACCUCCUCUUCGUCUUCAACUUCCUGUUUUGGAUGGGCGGCGGGGUGGUGAUGGGUGUCGGGGUCUGGACGCUGGUCGAUAAAGGAGAGUACCUGAGCCUGCUGGCCUCUAGUACAUUCGCUGUGUCCGCCUACAUCCUGAUCCUGGCAGGAGGGCUGGUGAUGGUCACUGGGUUCUUGGGCUGCUGUGCCGUCAUACGUGAGCAGAAGAGCUGUCUGUCCACGUACUUCUCCUGUCUGCUUCUGAUCUUCCUAAUUGAGUUGGUGGCUGGUGUUCUGGCCUACGUUUAUUACCAGGCGCUGAGUGAAGAGCUGAAGCAGCACUUGAGCAAGACGAUGACGGAGAACUAUGCCCAACCUGGAAAAGAGAGCAUCACUCAGUCUGUGGACAGACUACAGCAGGAUUUCAAGUGCUGUGGGAGCAACAACUCAUUUGAUUGGACACACAGUGUGUACAUCAUGUCCCAGCAAGCGGAGAAGCGGUUGGUCCCUGACAGCUGCUGUAAGACCAUCACUCCUCAGUGUGGAAUGAGAGACCACCCCUCGAACAUCUACAAGGUGGAGGGCGGCUGUAUCACUAAACUGGAGCAGUUUCUGGCAGAUCACUUGCUCAUUAUUGGUGCUGUGGGAAUAGGCGUGGCCUGUCUACAGAUUUGUGGAAUGGUGUUCACCUGUUGCCUGCAUAGGCGAAUUAAACUGGACCCGUAUUGACCGCUCGGAAAUGUUAUAUGCCUUUAUUACACUAUAAACACACACAUCCAUGGCCUUACUACUGUGUCCAUUUUAAACUGCAUGACCAAAUGCAUUUGCAUUCAUAUAAGGGCUUUAUUAACUUUUAUUUGCCACAUUUUUAAGACAAAUGUUGC